UGCCUGUGUUUUGUGUCGGUAACGGCUUUUCUGUUUGGUGCUGAGAGAGCUCACCUAUUGGUUGUUGACAAUGUUAACGUCAAUACCCUCUGUCAGUUCUUGUUUUUCUUGCAGGCCUAUUCACGCUCCUUUCUGCUUCCUUGCUACUUUUUAUGUUUUUGCUUGGACGGCGGUCAAAAUUUAAAGGUUUCUACACUGAUGCCCUCUUGUGGUAAACUAUAGUAUAGUAUUACAAAUAAAAUAUCUGUGUAGUGACAAGACGUUACACUCCAUAAACAGUAUAUGUUUUAUAUUGAAAAAAAAUGUUCCUAACAGGAUCAUUAUACCUCGUCAGUCAACACAGCAGGAAUACAGAACACAGCCAAACAACCACAACCGUUUCUACACUGCUCUCCUUUUGGGUGUGACGUGGAAAGGGAUUUAUUUUACACCUCUAGCAUCCAGUUGGGAAAGCGUCACUGAAAGACAUAAAUCCACAGCAGUACCUCCCAAACCUGUCUUUUUAAGCAAAACUGUUUUUAUCUCAACAUGUAAAAAAGUGCUGUAUAACCAAUUACAUUUGGAAAGUGACAUCGUCAGACUGAGCAGCUUGUAGUAAUUAAGAAGUUGUUGUUCUUUGUAUUUCAAAGAGGACAAACAGGUAACGUCUUUCUUUCCGAGGGACUACUGGACUACUUAAACGGCUCGAUCUGCACUCCAGGUCGAUAGGCGGCAGUAGUGCACCUGAAAGUUGUAUCAGACCGCUAGUAAUCGUCAUCACAAGGAGAAAACGUUCCGCUGUGACUGACGGAGUGGAAGAUGGCGGAAUACUUGGCGUCCAUUUUCGGUACAGAGAAAGAUAAAGUCAACUGUUCUUUCUACUUUAAAAUUGGAGCUUGUCGCCAUGGAGACCGGUGUUCCAGGUUGCACAAUAAGCCAACUUUCAGUCAGACCAUCUUGAUUCAAAACAUCUACCGUAAUCCCCAAAACAGUGCACAGACGGCCGACGGCUCUCACUGCGCGGUCAGUGAUGUGGAGAUGCAAGAGCACUACGACGAGUUCUUCGAGGAGGUCUUCACAGAGAUGGAGGAGAAGUAUGGAGAGGUGGAAGAAAUGAAUGUGUGUGAUAACCUGGGGGAUCACCUUGUGGGGAAUGUGUAUGUGAAGUUUCGGCGUGAGGAAGACGCUGAGAAAGCGGUCAUGGACCUCAACAACCGCUGGUUCAACGGACAGCCCAUCCAUGCAGAGCUCUCACCCGUCACCGACUUCCGGGAGGCUUGCUGUCGCCAGUAUGAGAUGGGGGAGUGCACUCGAGGUGGAUUCUGUAACUUCAUGCACCUGAAGCCCAUCUCUCGUGAGCUUCGCAGGGAGCUUUAUGGAAGGCGCCGUAAAAGGCAUCGUUCACGCUCGCGCUCCCGUGACCGCCGCUCUCGCUCCCGGGACAGAGGUCGAGGCAGCGGUCGGGACCGCGAGAGGCGGCGGUCGAGGGACCGCGAACGUUCUGGCCGAUUCUGAGCUGAACCAGGUCUCUCCCUCCAUUGUCCUCCCGUCCCAUGUGUAGAGUUGUCUCAUAAAGACCAUAAUGUGAUUGAAAUGUUCCAGUUGUUACCUU